AGUGAAUGCACACAGCGUCAGCCUGUAGGAAAAGAAAUUUAUCGAAAAGGAACUCUGUCCGUUUAUGAAGUGGAUGGCAAAGAUCAUAAAGUCUACUGCCAGAAUUUGUGUUUGCUGGCAAAGCUUUUUUUGGAUCACAAAACCUUAUAUUUUGAUGUGGAACCAUUUUUAUUUUACAUUCUGUGUGAAGUCGACAAACAAGGUGCUCAUAUUGUAGGAUAUUUUUCGAAGGAGAAAGAAUCGCCAGAUUCAAAUAAUGUAGCCUGUAUAUUGACUCUACCACCUUACCAAAGGCAGGGAUAUGGUAAACUACUGAUAGCAUUCAGUUAUGAGCUAACUAGACUGGAAGGUAUGGUUGGCAGUCCAGAGCAACCUCUAAGCGAUCUAGGAAAGCUGAGUUAUCGGAGUUAUUGGAGUUGGGUUUUGCUGGAAAUUUUGAGGGACUUCAGAGGGACAUUAUCUAUAAAGGAUUUGAGCCAAAUGACAAGUAUAACGCAAACUGAUAUAAUCUCAACGUUGCAAAGUAUGAAUAUGGUUAAAUAUUGGAAAGGGCAACAUGUGAUAUGUGUAACCCCAAAAUUGGUAGAGGAACACAUUAAAUCCAGUCAGUAUAAACGCCCAAGGUUGUGUGUCGACAGUAGUGCCCUCAGGUGGACACCUAGAAGACACGUGAAUAAUAAAUUGGGAAAAAAAUAGUAUUUAAGAUAUUCAAGAAUAAUAAUUUCUUAUAAAAAAUAGGUAUUUAAGAUUUUCAAGAUUAAUAAUUUCUAAUUAUAAAUAAGUUGUUAAUAACAUUCUGUUCAGAAAAUAAAGUACUAUGAAGAAUCUGA